AUGAAUGCUCCAGACAGAUUUGAGCUCUUUAUACUUCCUGAUGAUGUUCCAAAAUUAAAGAUUACACCAGACUCUAGAGUACCUAAUUGUAUCAUCAUCAAGUUUGAAAGAGAAGACCAUACAUUGGCCAACUUAUUGAGAGAAGAACUAGCUUUGUAUCCUGAUGUUACGUUUGUGGCGUAUAAAGUUGAGCAUCCUCUUUUUGCCAACUUUGUCAUGAGAUUACAAACAGAAGAGGGCACUAGGCCGAAGCAAGCUUUGGAAAGAGCCUGCGCAAGUAUUAUCAACAAACUAAAGACAUUGGAUCACAAGUUCAACGAAGAAUGGAACAUUAAGAAUUUUUCAUUGAAUGACUAA